UCUUUGAGGUUUUUCUGUUUAGUUUGUUUUUCUUUUGCAGACUUUAUUGAACCACUGUCUCCUGCUUUAGUGGUGUUAACUGUCAGCAGCCCUCAGUCUGCUGGUGGAUCCUCCUCAGUGUUUACACGGGGCUGGGUUGUUGACUCUGCCACCGUGUGUGUGCAUCCUGGUCACAAGGCCACCAGUCUGCACGCACACACAUAAACACACUCGGUUAUGACUAUUUCAUUCUUGAGGCUUCUGCACUGAUGCUCAUAACUGUCGUUACUAUGACUUAAGCUGCACACGAGAUCCGGCUGCUGAAAGUGACGACGAUGGACCCCAAACCGAGAAAGGGGAAGAAGAAGCUGUUUGGCCUGAAGAAGAAGAAGAAGGAGGCCGAUGCAGACCUGGUGCUGGUAAACGAAGGAGCAGUGGAAAAUGCGGGGAAGGAUCCGCCGGACGGGUCUGUGCUGCGGCCGGAAGAAAACGCUGAGGAGCAACCGCCAGUCAGAACCAGAACAAUCCCAAACAAUAAAAGGGCAAAGCUGAACACUCACAUCCAGGACAGUGAGGGGAAGCCCCAGAGCUUCCAGAUCGCCAUCAACAUCACAGAAGCCAGACAGCUGGUGGGGGAGAACAUCGACCCCAGUGUGGUGAUUGAGAUCGGAGACGAGAAGAAGCAAACGUCGGUCAAAGAAGGAACCAAUGCUCCCUUUUAUAAUGAGUACUUCCUCUUCGACUUCUUCGCUCAUAAGGAGAUCUUCUUCGACAAAGUCAUCAAGCUGUCGGUGGUCCACUCAAAGAUGCUGAGGACUUCCUGUGUUGGUUCCUUCAAGCUUGACGUGUGGACCGUCUACAAGCAGCCAGGCCAUCAGUUCAUCAAUAAGUGGGCGAUGCUCACCAACCCCGGGGAUGUCAGCACUGGGGUCAAAGGUUACAUCAAGUGCGACAUCAGUGUCUCUGCGAAGGGGGAAAGCACGAAGCCCGGGUCCAAAGCAAGUGACGCAGAGGAGCAGAUUGACAAGAACCUGCUGAUUCCAGAGGGGUUUCCUUCAGAGCGACCGCUGGCUCGGUUUUGCGUGAGGGUGUACCGAGCCGAGGGACUCCCCCGGAACAACUCCAGCAUCAUGGCCAAUGUUACCAAGGCCUUCAUCGGAGACAACACUGCGCUCAUAGACCCAUAUGUUGUGGUCAGCUUCUUCAAACAAGUGGGCCGCACGUCCACUCAGAGGUCCACAGCUGACCCAGUGUGGAAUGAGCAGAUAUUUUUCAUCGAGAUGUUUCCACCUCUGUGCCAGAGACUGAAGAUCCAGGUCUGGGAUGAAGGGAGCAUGAGUGAUGUCGCCAUAGGAACUCAUUACUUUGACCUGAGACGCAUCUCCAAUGAGCAGGAUGGAGACAAAGGCUUUUUACCAACAUUCGGACCUGCUUGGAUCAACCUGUACGGCUCCGCGAGGAACUUCUCCCUGGGUGACGAUACAGGAGAGCUGAACGAGGGGAUCGGAGAGGGUGUUUCCUACAGAGGUCGGGUCCACUUGGAGCUGGUGGUUGAAAUCCUGUCAGGUGGCCCGACAGAGUCCAAACUCGGCGGCAUCAUGAAAGCCAUGAAAGACCCCAAAGGAGGUAAAGCGGGAGGGAAAGAUGGGAAGACUCCUGCAGGAGGAGGAGGAGCAGCAGGAGCAGCGGAUGAGUCCAAAACUGCAGCAGCCGAGGUUCUGCCCGUGGAACCGCCGCCUGAAAGCUCAGAUGAGGAAAGCUUCCUACUGUUUGGCGCUUUGUUGGAAGCCACUAUGAUUGACAGGAAGAUCGGAGACAAGCCCAUCACUUUUGAGUUCUCUCUGGGUAACUAUGGAAACGUCCUGGAGCAGGCCGCUCCCAGUCCAGCCGUCACUCUACGGAGAAGAGGGCUGGACUUUCUGGACGCCGGCGACACGCUCAUGCCCCCCUCUAUGAGUUCCUCCCCCAGCUGCCCCUCCUCACCCCUCCUACCCAGAGAGUCCGCCAGCCCCGGCCUGAGCUCCAAGUCCACCACGCCUCCAGAGCGGCCCAGCAUUGUCGACGGAAACAAGUACUACAUGUAUCUGCCUCUGGAGCAGCAGAAGCCGUGUGUUCAUGUUGUGAGCUGCUGGGAGGACAAAACCUACCGACUGCACAACUCCAACAUGCUGGAAAACAUGGCUGUUCUGUUUGAGGAAGGCGUUUCCAUGGCGAAGCAGGCCCACAAAAAGUCUGACGUGGCGGCGGGGUCCAUCCUCCGAACGGCGCUCACAGAUUUCUGCUGGGAUGCCAGGAGUUUCAUCGCUUUGGCAGAAGCCAAACUGAAGGCGGAGAUGAAGUCCAGCAACCUGACGCAGCUGGACAAGAAACGUUUGACCUUAUGCAAACAGGAACUGGAGAGCAUGAUUGGAGAAGCGGAGUCCCUGGAGGACAGGAGGAGAAAGGCUGUGGGGAUGAAAGAGAAGCUGCAGGACGCCACCAAACUGACACAGAAAUUACGUUUCCUGGUCGAGGAGCCCCAGCACACGGUCCCAGACUUGUUUGUGUGGUUGCUAAGCAACAACAAGCGCGUGGCGUACGCCCGCGUUCGAACCCGGGACCUGCUGUUCUCCAGCAACCGAGAGGCGCGGGGAAUCCUCUGCGGCAAGAUCCUGACUCUGUUUCUGAAGCCUCCGGGGAAACGCACCGCGGGGUUGAUGGUUCAAGCCAAGCUGGAUGUGUUCCUCUGGUUCGGCUCCUGUUCGGACUCCGCCCACGUGCUGGACGACCUGCCUGCGGGGUUCGGACCAGCCUCGGCGGAGGAUAGCGGCCUGCCGUCGUACCUGGCGUGCACAGAGAAACACGCCUUUCAGCUGAGGUGUCACAUGUACCAGGCCCGGGGUCUGAUCGCCGCAGACAACACGGGUCUGUCUGACCCUUUCGCCCGGGUCACGUUCCUCUCCAACAGUCAAACCACCAACAUCAUCAACCAGACCCUCAGUCCCACAUGGAACCAGUGUUUGCUGAUGAGCAACCUGCAGCUGAACGGCGCCCUGCAGCUGGUCAAGGAGGAGCCGCCGCGCGUCGUCAUCGAGGUUUACGACGACGAUGCUCUGGGGAAGGCGGAGUAUCUGGGGUCCACCGUGGUGGUUCCUGAGGUCCAGCUGUCCUCAGAGCCGUACUCUCCUCCCACCCUGCAGUACAGCCCUCUGCACUGCGGCAGCCUGUCAGGAGGAGACCUGCUGGCUGCUUUCGAGCUGCUGCAGAUCCCCGAGUCGGGACAGCAGAACGUUCCGGCUUUAGAGGAGAGGGAAGGAGGCGUCUUCCCGGUUCCUGCCAACAUCAGACCCGUCCUCAGCACCUACAGGCUGGAGGUGUUGUUUUGGGGUCUGAGGGAGCUGAAGAAGGUCCAGCUCCUGUCGGUGGAUCGUCCACAGGUGUUCAUCGAGUGCUCGGGGAAAACGCUGCGAUCUUCUGUCAUCCAGAAAUACAAGUCCAACCCAAACUUUACCACGCUGGUGGACGCCAUGGAGCUGGAGCUGCCGGAGAAGGAGCACCUUCAUCCUCCUCUCAGCAUCACGGUCGUCGACUGGCGAGCUUUCGGCCGCAGCACUCUGGUUGGAAACCACAUCAUCAACAACCUGAAAGCCUUCAAAUACACUCCGCCCCCAGCCGCCCCUCCCUCUGUGAAGACGCAGCAGCCGCCUGAGGUCCCACCGGAGCCCGGACCCAGCUCCAUGCCGGAACCACUUCACCGUGAGGGACCGUCCGAGUUUGAUGGAGAAACCAGCUCGAUCGCGACGUUAACCAACCAGGAUUUUCUGGUCACCGUGGAGGGGGAAGCUCCGCCCCCACCGCCGGAGGAGCCCAUGAAGAAAAGGGAAAGCGGCAGGAAGAGCGUCCAUCGCUCCACCAAGCGGCGGAAACGGACCAUCGCAGACGAAUCUGCAGAGAACGUCAUCGACUGGUGGUCCAAAUACUACGCCUCCGUGGAGAAACAGGAGAAGAACAGGGACGACUCGCCUUUCCCGCACAUCUUUGAGAAAUCUUCACCCUACUGCAGCUUGCUCAGCGAUGGAGUCGACUCUCUGGUCAGCAGCCAGUCGGACGGAGACAAAAAAAAGCAGCAGAAAGGAAAAGUGGAGCCCAGGUCUGGUCUGAGCGCUAAACUGGCCACGCUUAAGCUCUACAACAGGGAACUAGAGGCCGACUUCGGACAGUUUGACGACUGGGUGAACACGUACGAGCUGUUCCGCGGGAAGGCCAACGAGGAAGAGGGAUCAUCCGACGAGAGGUUUGUCGGGAAGUUUAAGGCUCGGUUCUGCCUCUACAAGCUGGCGGAGGAGGAGUGGGGUGAAGGGUCAGACCCAGGGUUUUUCCGAGUUAGCCGAGGAAUCCCGGCCAACAGUCCGGUCCAAGUCCUUAUACGGGUCUACGUCGUGUCGGCAUCGAACCUUCACCCGGCUGACCCGGACGGGAAGGCGGACCCUUACAUAGUUCUCCGUCUCGGCAAAAAUGAAAUCAAAGACCGAGACAACUACAUUCCUAAACAGCUGAACCCGGUUUUUGGAAGAUCUUUUGAGAUGCAGGCCACGUUUCCUCAGGAGUCUCUGCUGUCGGUGGUGAUCUACGACUUCGACCUGGUGGGAGGCGAUGACCUGAUCGGCGAGACUCGCAUCGACCUGGAAAACCGCUUUUACAGCCGACACAGAGCCACCUGUGGACUCCCCACGGAGUACAGCCUAGAGGGUUACAACGCCUGGAGGGACAGCCUGAAGCCCUCAGAGCUGCUGUCCAAGAUGUGCAGGGAGAACGGGCUGGACGCUCCUCGCUUCAGUCCAGGAAAGAUCUCUGUGGCGGACAAAGUCUUUCACGGCAAAACGCUCUACAUGCAUGAAGACCAGCCGGUGGAGUCCUACGAACACCUGUCUCUGAAGAUUCUGCACCGCUGGUCGGAAAUCCCAGCUGUGGGCUGCAAACUGGUACCCGAACACAUCGAGACCAGAGUUCUGUACAACAAGGCCCGGCCCGGCAUGGACCAGGGUCAGGUCCAGAUGUGGGUCGACAUGUUCCCCAUGGACCUGCCACAUCCCGGACCUCCAGUCGACAUUUCUCCACGAAAACCUAAAGGGUACGAGCUGCGCAUCAUCAUCUGGAACACGGAGGACGUGAUCCUGGAUGACAGCAACUUCCUGACGGGUCAGCAGUCCAGUGACAUCUACGUCAAAGGUUGGCUGAAAGGUUUGGAGGACGACCGCCAGGAGACGGACGUUCACUACAACUCCCUGACCGGAGAAGGGAACUUCAACUGGCGCCUGGUGUUCCCCUUCAGCUACAUGCCUGCAGAGAAGGUGGUGGUGGUGAGGAAGAGGGACAACAUCUUCUCUCUGGAUAAAACCGAGCAGAAGCUCCCCGCCAUCCUCAUCCUGCAGGUCUGGGACUUCGAGACGCUGUCUUCAGACGACUUCCUCGGAACGCUGGAGCUGGACCUCCACGGAUUUCCUCCCGGGGCGAAAACGGCAAAGGCGUGCAAGGCGGAGAUGCUGACGGGGAGGACGGAGAGAAUCUCCAUCUUUCAGCAGAAGAGAGCAAGAGGCUGGUGGCCUUUCAGCAAGUCUGGAGAGCUCACGGGGAAGGUGGAGGCGGAGUUUCACCUGGUGACGGCUGAGGAAGCUGAGAAGAACCCAGUUGGCCGAGCGAGGAAAGAGCCGGAGCCGCUUCCAAAACCAAACCGUCCGGACACCUCCUUCUCCUGGUUCAUGAACCCGUUCAAGUGUUUCUUCCACCUGGUGUGGCGGAACUACAAGAAGUACAUCAUCACGGCCCUCAUCCUCUUCAUCCUGGCGCUCUUCCUCGCUCUGCUCUUCUACACUCUGCCGGGAGCAAUCUCCCAGAAGAUGAUAAACGGAUGACGGAGCGGAGGAAACCAGACUCGGCUGGGAAUC